AUGCCGCCCAUUCCGCCUCUAUUCGUCCUCCCCGUGCCGCCAUCCGUGGCGACCUCAUCUACUCAGAACCAGCAAGGAGAAUUCAUCUGUACUCAACCCUCCCCUCAAGUCUAUCUUCUCUCCUUCUCUUACCCGCCGGACAACCGGCUCACGCCAGCAUUCAAUCAAUCAUUCCUUCUGGCCCUUGAUAUCAUCGAGCAUCGAUUACCCCGUGGGGUCGUCAUCACCACAUCCACCAUCAGCAAGUUCUACUCCAAUGGCUUGGACUUUGAAAACGCCAUACGAGAUCCCACCUUUUUCCCCAGCAGCCUGUUCCCACUAUGGAGGCGCCUUGUUACCUACCCAAUGCCAACGGUGGCCCUGAUGAACGGGCACGCGUUUGCUGGCGGGUUGAUGACGGCUAUGAUGCAUGACUAUCGCAUCAUGAAUCCACAUAAGGGCUUCGUGUGCCUGAACGAGCUCGACUUCGGGGCGGCUUUGCAACCUGCCAUGGCCUCAGUCUUUCGAGUGAAGCUGAACAUGACCACUUUCAGAAACAUGGUCCUCGAGAGCAGGAGGUUCCCGGCUCUGGAAGCGCUGAAGGAAGGGAUCAUCGACGGCGUCGGUGACGUCGACGAGACAUUGGCCUUUAUAGGAGAGAUGAAGCUCACUCAAAAGGCCCAGGGCGCGUCUUACGGCAAGAUCAAGGAAGAGAUGUACCGGGAGGUCGUCAAAGACUUGGACGAGGGGCCAGAUACACCCAAGACACUGACUGCUCGAGACCUGGACCGCAAUCGCAGGGACUCGGAGGCGAAGAAGAGAGUCGACGAGUAUCAAGCUGUGCUGCGCAGAGCCAAACUUUGA